AUGCAAUCUGUUUCUUCCGAAAUCGCUUUUUCUGAGGACUACUCUUGCGAAAAUACAAUAUGUAAUCCUCGAGCUGGUGACUUAUUAAUUGGGCGUGAAAGUUCCCUUAUUGCUUCAUCAACUUGUGGACUGAAUGAAGUCGAGGCGUACUGUGUAGUUACAACUAGUGGUAAAAGCUACUGCAAAGAAUGUACAUCUAAACAGCCAUACAAUUCCAUAACCAAUCCUGAAAGCCAUCGGAUAGAAAACGUUGUUUCACGCGUUCCAAGCAAUCCUGGAAGAUGGUGGCAGUCACAGAAUGCUGUACACAAUGUUUCAAUUGUACUCAACUUGGAUACGCAAUUUCAAUUCAUUUCAACUAUUUUACGCUUUAAAACAUAUCGUCCAGCGGCUAUGUAUUUAGAGCGUUCGUAUGAUUUUGGUAGAACUUGGGCACGUUAUGCUUAUUUUUCAAAUAAUUGUAAACGAGAUUUUCCAUCUGUACCAGAAGGACCUCGUCGAUUUUUAUCUGAUGUAACUUGCACUGGAGUAUACAGUCAACUUACACCAUCAGAAGGCGGUGUGGUUGCUUUCAUGGCUGCUCCAAGUGAAAUGCACGAAUCUUGGCCACAGUACAGUAAAGAGAGAAUGAAUCUAACAGCCAUUACCAAUCUAAGAGCUGUCUUUACAAGAAUUAACACUUUAGGUGAUAUGCGUGUUGAUGAUUCAGCUUUGACACGACGUAAAUACUAUUAUGCGCUUUAUGAAUGGAAUGUCUGGGGUAGAUGCACUUGUUUUGGUCAUGCAUCACGCUGUAAACCAAAAUCAUCAGCUGAAAUAAUUAAACCAGAAAAGGUAUAUGGUGUCUGUGAAUGUACACAUAACACUGCUGGUGAAAACUGUGAAACAUGCGCUGAUUUCCAUUGGAAUAAACCAUGGAUGCCUGCAACAAGAGAUGCUGCGAAUGCAUGUGAAAAAUGCAACUGUAACAAUCAUGCUACAGCGUGUUUCUUCAAUCCUGUCUUAUAUAUCAAGUCUGGUAAUAUAUCCGGUGGUAAUUGCCAUGGUUGUAUGCACAAUACAGAAGGUGUGAACUGUGAAUUCUGUCAACCGAAUUUCUACCGUCAUCCAAGUUAUCCAAUUGAUCAUCCGUUAACAUGUCAACCUUGUAAUUGUAAUUUGGAUGGUACACUAUACGAUAACUUUUGUCAACAGUAUACCAUACCAGAACAGGGUACAGUUGCUGGUCGAUGUAUAUGUAAAAAGAAUGUUGGCGGAGAUAAAUGUGACCGAUGUAAAGUUGGAUUUUGGAAUUUUCAAGCUGAAAAUCCUGAUGGUUGUGAAUCUUGUUCUUGUAAUAUGAUUGGUACAAUUGAUAAUGGUGGUUGUGAUCCAUAUACUGGAUUGUGUACGUGUAAGCGAUUUGUUGGUGGUCCGAACUGUGAUCGAUGUCUGGAGGGUUAUUUCAACCUUUCAACAGCACCAUUAGGUUGUCAAGAAUGCGCAUGUAGUCAGAUUGGUUCAUUGAAUCCCAAUUGUGAUCGAGUCAAUGGACAGUGUGCUUGUAAAGUUGGUUUCACUGGACGUGAUUGUAGUCAAGUUGAAGAUGGUUAUUAUAUUGUUCCACCGCAUGAAGUGAUUUCUAAACCAGAUGAAAAAGAGAUCACAUUAGUUGGACCUAAAGGUGAAGGAAAAUAUGUGAUUGUUCUUGAUGUUGAUCCAAAACAGUUUGGUGAGGGCGAUAGAUGGACAAUUAUUAUAACACCUUAUCAGUAUGGUGCAACUAGAUGUCAGAAUCCACCACAAAGUGUUAAUAUUUAUCAAGAUACUCAUAAAGUAAUUGUAUCCGAUGUUUGUUUGGAGCCUGGAUUACCGAUUGUUCUACGUAUUGUUCCUGAGUCAUAUCCUGAAGGAGCAUUUACUGAAAUUCUAAUUACAGAUAUUGUAUUGAUACCAACUGAUGACAGUGAUCUAGCUCGGCGUUGUGAACCUUAUCGUGAAAUAGCUAUGGAAAUAUUAGCUGGACGUCGUGAAGAUCGAACUGGACUACCACCGGAAUGUGAAGUCUACUUCCGUUUACCACGUAUAAGUUGGAGAGAAAGUAGUUCAGUAGCAGAAAGGUGUAUGUGCAAUACAACUGGUUCACGAUCUGAGAUAUGCGAUAAAAUGACAGGACAAUGUCCUUGUAAAGAUGGAGUGGUUGGUAGACAGUGUGAUCAGUGUGCACCAUAUCACUAUGAUUUCAGUGCAAGAGGAUGUACUGAUUGUGCAUGUGAUCCACAAGGAUCAGUUAGCUUACAGUGUCAUGAAUCGACAAGUCUUUGUGAAUGUCGUCCUGGGAUUGUUGGUAGACACUGUAAUAUGUGUGAAACUGGAUAUUGGAAUUUUCCAAAUUGUCGACCAUGUGUUUGCAGUGGAUUUAGUGAUCGCUGUAAUCAGACUACUGGAGUAUGUGAAGAUUGUCGAGAUAAUACUGGCGGUGACCACUGCGAGACAUGUCGUGAAGGAUUUUAUGGUGAUCCACUAAGAGAAAAACCGUGUAAACCAUGCUCUUGUCCAGGCGGUGGAUUGAAUCAUGCCAAAGAAUGUCGUAUGGGACCACUAGAAGAGCAGAUAUGUAUUUGUAAAGUUGGAUAUACAGGUCCAAGGUGCAGUCAAUGUGCAAUAAACUAUUUCGGUAAUCCUACAGAACCAGGUGGAUCUUGUAGACCAUGUGAAUGUUCCGGUAAUAUUGCAGUCAAUGUGCCUGGCAGUUGUGAUCCUGUCACAGGACAAUGUUUGAAAUGUCUUCAUAAUACAGAAGGUUAUUAUUGUGAUGUGUGUAAAGAAGGUUUUUGGGGAGAUGCAACUCGUCAAAUGUGUCAACCGUGCAACUGUUAUCCACUAGGCAGUGUUGAUGAAGGUGCUGGCGGUUGUAAUCGUGAAAAUGGUCAGUGCAGUUGUUUACCGAAUGUUAUUGGACCAAGAUGUUACGAAUGUGCACCGUAUUUCUUUAAUUUAACAUCUGGUAAGGGAUGUGAACCAUGUCUGUGUGAUCCAGCUGGUUCUAUAGAUGAUCUGUGUGAUCCUGUUAUGGGACAGUGUCGUUGUAAACCAGAUCGUAGUGGACGUAGAUGUGAUCAGUGCAGGAGAUUGUUUUAUAGUGAUCCGACUGCUCCAGAUGGAUGUAGACCCUGUGAAUGUGAUAGAGCCGGAUCUACAAGUGAUGUCUGUGAUGCUUUAACCGGACAGUGUCCAUGUCGAAGUGGGAUAACUGGUCUUCGGUGUGAUCGAUGCGAUCGAGGAACAGAAGGUAUCCUGCCUAACUGUAAUCCAUGCGGUGAAUGUUGGAAUAAUUGGGAUAAAGCAAUCGAUAAUGUUAUCAGUGAAUUAGACCGUCUCCAGAAUCAGACUGGUCAACAGUUGCCUAGAGAAUUAAAGAUUCUAUUCGAUAGUUUAGUAAGUCUUUUAGAUCAGAUUGAAAAUCUACCCUGGAUGACUACAGAAGAUGCAAGGCUGAAUGAAUUCCGUGACAUGCUAAAACGGACAGAGGAGACGGUUAUGCGUUUAUCCUCCCUUGAUCAAUUCACAGACAGUCUAGCCAAAUGGGAUGAUAUAAUGACUGAACGAUUAGCUGAACAAAUGGAUCGUAGAGCACGUGUAAAUGAAAUGAAAGAACGCCUUGAAGCGCUUACUGAACAACUUAAAGGUGCAAUGGAUGAAUCUACAAGAUUAGAACAUCUUGAUCAGAAAGGAGCAUAUUUAUCAGUUCUACGUUCAAAUGAUAUUGCGAAUAGAGUGAAAGGCAUUCAAACGAGUAUAGAAUAUCAACGUAGUGGAUUUCAAGGUGAAUUAGUGAACUCAAAACGUGAACUUGAAGCAGUUCAAACACGUGCCGACCAAAUGAAUGCAGAUUGGACACAAUUAGAUAGAAGGAUUGGAGAAUUUCGUGAGAAAAUUCGUCAAACAAAUAGACUGAUAUGCGGUGACAACAGUCUUUUACCUGGUGAAGAUUCAGACACUAAAGUAUGUCCAUCUACUUGUGGUGGAGCUGGUUGUGAUUACUUUUCCAAAUCCACUGAUCUGUUAUCAACACCUUUGAUCACUACGAAAAAUGGUCGUCCAUUGACAGGUGCAGAGCUGAAUUUGCGCACUGGACUGAUUAACACAUGUGGAGUCAAUGCUGGAUGUAAUGCUAGUAAUGCUGGACGGUUAAACUCACGCAUGGAAGAGUAUUUAAAUCUUCAAAUUCGUUUGACAAAUGCACUACACAAUGUUUAUCGAGCUGAAAGUGUUAUUUCAAAGGUUCAUUCUAAUCGUAAAAAUGCAGAACAGAUUGUGACAAAUUUAACCUUGGAAGCAGCAGCUAUUAAAGAACGCCUAGCCAAUAUGUAUAAUCAAACACAAAAUUUAAUUAAAGAAGCUGAGAAAUAUGUGGAUAUAUACAGCAAUAUGCGACAGGAUAAGUUUGAUGAAACUUUAAGGUCACUUCAAGAAAUGAAACUGAAUGUUAGUCAGUAUGAAGCACAACAGAUUAUUCAACAGUUAGAACAGUAUGCAGUCAACUUAGAAGAUAAAGUUAAUCGUAUACUAGCUGAAACUGAAGCAGAUCGUCAGCGUACUGGAAAUUUACUAAGACGUGCCGAAAACAUUAGGGAUAAAGCAAAAGAUUUCGCCGAACAAGUAAAUCAAUUAAAAGAAGCUGAUAAAAUAUAUCAAGAAUUAUCUGAAAAACCAAUUCUUCAAAAGGUUGAUGAUAUUGAAUUAUUUGAUCAAAUCUCACAGUUAACAGAAAGAAUUGAUGGCUUCAAAAAUCAAGUGAACAUGUUUGCACACGACUCUAGUCUACAAUCAGAUAUGGUUAGAGAAGCAUCUGAAAUAGCACAGAAUUUACUGUCAAGUACAAAUGUUGCUAGACGUGAGACAUUGGACACACAACAACAGAUUGAACUUGUUGAAGUAUCCUUCAAACAACUGGAUGAGAAAAUGUUAGAACUUGACAAUUUAAUGCGUCUUUUAGAUACAGGUGAAAAAAGACCUGAAGCAGAAAUAGGUGUACCAGAGACAACACUAACUGAUCCAACUAAAUUAAUGGAAGAAGUACAGAAUUUCACCAGUACAUUAGAAGAUAAUAGUGAUGAUGUGAAAAGUAUACUAAUUAAUUUAAAGAAAUUAGAAACUGAAAGUGAACAAUUAACUGAUGAAUUAAAAGGUUAUAUGGAAAAAAUGCAACAACUAAGUAUUCAUUUAUCACGUACUACAAAACACCAUCAAGUGUGCACUUAA